ACCCAAUAAUAAUGAUACAAAACAUGUGGAAGUCGAAAGGACAUGAUGCACGCGGAUCGAAGCUUAAAUGACUCUUUUUUUUUGCUUUACAGUUACGUCUCCAGUAGAUUUUCGCACGAGUGCUUGUCUUCUAUAUCCAAGCAUUCAAUUAAAAACAAAGGGAUUUUUUUUCACUGUAAACUCAACAAUUCUUCCUGUAGAUUUGGAUAUGGUUGUCACCCUUUGUUCUUCGAUUGUGAAAGAUAUAAUAAUUUUCGAGUUUGAGGGGCAUUUGUGUCUUCUGCAACCCUGCAAUGGAUUAUGAUUUCUCUCUAUAUAUUUCCAUGGAUUUUCAACGAAAUUUAAACCAUCAAGGUGGGUGGUCCUUCUUUUUUUUAAAAAAGGUUAAAUUAGCAUGAAUUCCGCAGACAACUACGGGGAUGAUGAACCUGGUUGUGGGAAGCCAUCUUCGUCAACUAUGAAGCUUUUUGGUUUUCAAGUUGGUGCCGAUGAGGAAUGCCCUCCAAGUGUUCGACGAAAUGUCAGUGAGUACAGGAGAUUCGAGUGCCAAUUUUGUCACCGAGGAUUUGCAAAUUCUCAAGCACUGGGUGGGCAUCAAAAUGCGCACAAAAGAGAACGACGAGCCAAACAAGGCUCGUUUUUCACCCUUCAUCAUCAACAGCAACAACAAUUAAAACAACGGUUUCUGACUACGGGACCGGUUAUCUCGCCGCAUUCGGCUAGAACGAGGCGGUUGGCUUAUGGCAGAGGGUCCACCAGCAUGGCCCCAAGGGGUGGUCUCUCAGCAGCAGCACCAUCUUUGCCAAUGUUAACUCCAAGGGGUCCUUGUCCCUUUCACGUUGGUGGUGGUGGUCAGGGUCAGGGACAGGGACCAUUUCAAGUACAAAAUCACGAAGUUGGCGUCAACUUAACAGCUAACGAAGUAAUUGAAGAAGAUAACAUUGAUCUCCAUUUGAGGCUAGCACCAUUUAUUGAUCGAGCCAAUGGUCCCUAGGAAAUUGAACAGUUAUGUUCUGGCUUUGAAUUUUAGUCCUGGUUGGAGUAUCUAUCUAACAUAAAUAUGUUCAUUUUUAAGAAAA